CUUCGGGUCUCAACCGAAGACGAUUACUUUAUUACUUGCAGCAGUACAUGAGUUGGUGUCAUCUCCGUCACAUAUUUAGAGCCUAAUAUCACAAAAAAACAAAACCUAUUUCCUUUCUCCCUCCAACACUGCAUCGGUAAUGCACCCGCACGAUGACCUCAUUACGUGUUUUUGUGUUAUCCAAGUCACACGUUCUACGUUUUGUUGAGAAAUUAUUUUUCGUUAGUAAUUACCGACGUACAAUAAUGGGAAAAAGGAAGCGAUCGGCAUCGAGGGAUAGUGAUUAUGAUGGCAUUUUGCGAAAAAUGAGGAGGUUGGAGCGUAAAAUUAAGAAAAGACAAAGACAACGGUCAUUAUCUGUGUCGUCGGAAGAUUCACGGCCAGAUUAUACAGGUGGAGGCCAUCUAGAAGAAACCCUCUAUGACGAGGUUAUUACUAUUGACAAUAACGAGUGCUCGCCUACUCAGCUCGAGACAACUGAGCCAGCCGACACCGAUGAUCCAAGCGAACCGGCGGCGCCGGCGGCGCCGGCGGCGAGCGCAGAUGUACAGGAUGAUGCUACAGAGGCGCCGUUAGAACCUGAAGUUCUACAACUCCUUGGUGAAGACCUUGUGAAUCAAAAAAGUUUCGGAGAUAAUUUGCAUAAGGACAUUGCUCCUAGAUGGACGCAUAUUCUUGUUAAUGGCCUGUCUAAAGAUAACCAAUCCGAACUGUUGAAACGUUACUUACCACCAGAGAAUUGUCCAAAUCUAAGAGCACCAAAACUCAAUUUAGAAAUAAAAGCGGCUCUUCCGGACAUAAAUGUAAAAAAAGAUUUGUACAACCAAGGUAAACAAAACCAACUAGCUAGUAGUCUCGCUGCAAUUGGACAAGUCUUAAAUUGGGCCCUUGCAUCUAAAAGUACGGUUCCUCAGGAUAUAAUAAAGACUUUGAGUGACGCUGGAAGACUUAUUUGCGACAGUCAUUACAGAGAAUCACAAGCUCGCAGGUACGCUGCGCUAAAUAUUCUCAAUAAAAAUAUCAGAGAUACGGUGAAAAAUACUAAGAUAGAUGAACAUCUUUUUGGAUCUGAUUUGUCAGAACAUAUCAAAUCAUCGAAAGCCAUUACCAGGACUGGAUCGGAAUUGAAACAGGCGCCACGAACUCCAUACAAGGCGCCUCCAGCUCCACAAGUGCAGAGGGGAGCUUUAAACUCGAGGGGGGCGUCGCGUGCAGCAGCGGCAGAGCCGCGGACGAACCCCGCAGCACGCCGGCCGCCGCGGGAUCGCCGCCAGGACUCGGCGCGGGGUCGCCGCCCCAACACCGCACACACGCGCCAGCAGGCGAGGGGACGCCAGUAGAAAUCCUACCACAGGGACUGCCAUCCACUCCACGCAGACCUUAUCCUGGUGGCAGCCAAAUUAUCAGGGAGUCAAUGAUUAGGCGUGGUGUACCACAAGAGUCCCUAGAUAUAUUGAUGGCGUCUUUUGCAUCAAAUACAUUAAUUCAAUAUAACAGUUCAAUAAAGUCUUGGUGGCUAUAUUGUAAAAAUAAUCAUUUUGAUAUUUAUGAGGCUAACACUAGUACAGUAAUACUAUAUUUAACCAAGAAGUUUGAGGAAGGCGUUGGAUACAGUAGUCUAAAUACACAUAGGUCUGCUUUAUCAAUCAUUCUUGGUACCCAUAUUACUUUAAAUGACUGUGUCAAUCGUUUUUUAAAGGGCGUGUAUAGGCUUAAGCCUCCUAAACCUAAAUAUAAUUCAACAUGGGAUACAAAUACAGUGAUAGACUACCUUUCCAAUAUGCAUCCAUAUGAUAAUAUUUCGUUAGCUGAUUUGUCGUAUAAAGCUUGUACUUUACUAGCAAUAGCCUCUGCCCAAAGGAUGCAGACUCUUGGUCUGAUCAAAAUAAACAAUAUAUUAUUACAAACUAAUAUGAUUGUGAUUAGAAUCACCGACUUAAUCAAAACCUCGAAACCUGGAGCCUGCCAACCACUAAUCAAAUUACCUUUCAUUCAUGAAAACCCUAGUAUUUGCCCGGCGCUAGCAAUCAAAACUUAUUUAGAGAAAACCAAAGAUUUGCGUGGUAAUCAAGAACACCUUUUCAUAGGGAUACGUAAACCUUAUAAAAACGUUGGUUCUCAAACUUUGGCGAAAUGGGUUAAAAAGGUACUGCAAGACAGUGGAAUUGAUAUAACGAUAUUUGGAGCUCACAGUACUCGAGCAGCGUCCACAUCUGCGGCUCACAGGUCGGGGGUUAAUUUGGAAGUGGUUCGCAAGGCUGCAGGCUGGAGCGACUCCUCGAAUGUAUUUCUAAAAUAUUAUUUUAGAGAGGUUGUACAUACAGACAAUAACGAAUUUGUAAAUGCUGUAUUAAACACAAAUUAAGUUAGGAACUUACACAUUGAGGUUAAUUACACUUAUAUUAUUAACUUUCAUAGGUUAAGAGAACUAUAAAUGUAUUUUUACCUUUCUGAUCAUAUUCUUUGAUUAAAUAUUACAAAUGUUAUUAUAAUAUAUAGUUUAUUACAUUAAAACUUACGAUUACAAUAUUUUUCUUUUUUACAAUAUUACAUUGCUCUGAACAUCUGCAAGUAAUAAAGUAAUCGUCUUCGGUUGAGACCCGAAGUAUAAUUAAGAAUCAAACGAACUUACCUAGUGAUGUUUGAUUCCAAUUAUGCGAGGGUCUCAACCGAAGACGAUUACUCCAUCCCGACCUCACCCACCCAAAAAAAAAAAAAAAAAAAAAUGUUUAUUACACAAAAACCUUACUCUGAAACAA